AUGUCCUUCUUCCUCGCCACCGUCAAGAAGGGAACACGCUUCUAUCACGGUACCAGAUCAUCAGACCCCAUCGUAGGCGUGAAGUGGCUACCCUUUAAGCCGCAGUGUUGGCUGGGUUUCGCCUAUGGUGAACACCGCAAAGAGAUGAGAUCGUUGUUGAAGAAUGAUCAUGAGCAUGAACAAGAUCCUCUUGGGAAUGGCCCUGCACAUACAAAUAUAUCAGACCCCGUCAACAUGGAAUACCUCCACACCUACACCGUAUCAAAAAAACACUUCCAUCUCCUCUAG